CGCUCGGAAGACGUCGAACGUUCUCUGCUAUUUCUUAAAUAACGCCUGCACGCUUUGCGUGCCUGUAUUCUUCUUUUUAAAAUGGAAGUUAGUACAGAAAUAAGCCAAAAGAUUCGUUCUGCAAUCAAAGCCAAAUUGAUGGAAUUAGGUGCUUACGUUGACGACGAAUUACCUGACUAUAUUAUGGUCAUGGUUGCCAACAAGAAAAGCCGUGCGCAAAUGAGCGGCGAUUUGGCUCUUUUUUUAGGCACUAAUACUGAUGCUUUUACUGAAUGGUUGCAUGGUCUGCUAGGAAAGUUACAAACUAUUACUGUUGAAUCUGGUGAGAAAGGCAAAAUUAAAGGGGGAAAAGAUAGGAAAAAGGACAAGAAAGACGGCAGUAAAGAGAAAAAGAAACUUAAAAAGCGAAGCAGUGACUCAACAUCUAAAAGAAAAUCUUCUAUUGAUAAAAAUGAACAAAAUCAGAAGUCAGAAUCCCUUUCAGGUUCUUUGGUAGAAAGUGUCACCCAAAGUAGUGUUUUAAAAGAAGAUAGUUCCAGUUCUGUAACUAAAGACCUUAGUCAUGGAUAUGAUGUUAGUGCCACAACUACAAUCAGUCCAAAUGUAGAUGUAGAAAUGGACCAUCAGAAAAAUAACCAAGAAGAUGUAGAGGAUGUCAGGCAACUUUUGGUGACUGGAACACAAGCAGAUGAACUGGCUGAAGAGUUGGAAACGACAGAAGCUGAAGUAGAAAGAUCAAAAGCAUUGACAAGUGGAAAAAAUAAGAUUGCUUAUGCAAAGGAAAAAGAAUUGGUAACUCGUCUAGUUAGUCAUUCAAGUUCAAGUACUAAAAGUAAAAGCAGGAGUCCUAGUCCAGAAAAACUUGAUGCAGGAUCAAGGAAACGGAAGAUUCCUAUAUCUGUUGUUGCAAGUGUGAGCAGAAAAUGUGACAAUGAAGAGGAAUAUGAUCCAUACAAUCCAGCUGUCGGAAGUGUUGCUAGUGUUGUCAAAGUUACAGCUCGGAAGUCCAGUGUGCCUGCUUCCUUGCAAGCCAACAGGUGUGUUGCUUGUUUUGUUGUCAUUUUUAUACAUUACAUAGCAUGAGCUUGAUGAAUUGAAAAACUAUUAAUAGUAAAUUUGUUGUUAAUGUCCUUUCAUUCCCUGCUGAUCUUUUGUUACAAUAAUUGUUUCCACUAAUGCUAAGGCAGGGCAUCCAAAGCAAGCCAGUGUUACAGAAUUAUGGAAAUACUGACUUACGCAUGAGACUUCAAGAAAACUAUUAAAAACCAUAAUUUUUUAAUACAGCUUAGGGGCCAUCCAUAAAUGACGUCACGCAAAUUUUGCUGAUUUUUUUACCCCCCACAUCGUCAUAAAUCGUCACAAAAAGUUAGACCCCCCUCAAAUAAAACGUCACAAAUCUCUGCAACCCCCCCCCCCCCUCUUUAAAACAUAAAUGACGUCACGCAAAUUUUGCUGAUUUUUUUACUCCCCACAUCGUCAUAAAUCGUCACAAAAAGUUAGACCCCCCUCAAAUAAAACGUCACAAAUCUCUGCAACCCCCCCCGCCCCUCUUUAAAAAGUCCCUGUGUCCAUUACUGUCCUUCCCAUGGAUAUCAAAUUACUGCACCUGCAGACCUGCCAACUCUUCCGAUUUUGUCGGAAUUAUACGGAUUUUUUGCCCCUCAUUCCAACCUUCCGACAAACCCCUUAAAAUUCCGAUUUUUCGAACUUUUUAAUUUUUCACACAUAAAAAUCUGAAAGUGACCAAAAAAAAAAAAAUCGGGAAUGACAAGAAGUGAUGCAUUUGUUUUUACGAAGUGUCUACAUGUCCGGCGACCCGACAAAUAAGUGAAUAAGUUCUCGAGCUGUUCGUUUGGCUACUAUAUAUUUGACCAAAUCACAUGACCAGCUAUCAAAGUUGCGUGAGAUAUUUGUCCGUCAGCCUUGUCAUGUGACCGCUAAUUGUCGAUCAUAGUUUACGGUACUUCAUUUCAACAAAUUCAAGACAAACUGAAAAUUUACAUGAAAAAAAAUAUGUACAAUUCUAAAAAAAGAAAUACUAGUACCAUUGCUGGUAGAUAUAUAAUGAACAAUUGGUUAAAAAGUGACGAUGUUUUUUAAAAAGCGUGGCAUGCCCACCAGAUAAAUAUCUCCCACACCAUUUGUCCAGUCGCCUGACGUGUAAGUGUAGACACUGACUUGUUUUUAUCGAAGCAAACCGCGAUCUCCAAAUCAUUCUUCAAUCAACAAUUGAUCCGAUAGACUACAAAAUAAUUCAGACUUUUUUGUUAAAGCAUUUCUUAAUUAAAUGGUUAAAUCUAUUGAAAGUGGUGGGUACAAUAAUAUAUAUAUAUAUUCUAACCCCCCAAAAAAAAAAACUAAAACAUGCAACUGCAGCUAAAACUAAAAGUAAUCCACGUCUAAUUAAAAAUUUCGUUGCUAAGGAAUCGGACGAUUAGAUCGUUUUAUUUACCACCAUUCUUAUUGAAGGAAAUAUUUCUCUAGCCAUCUCCGAUCGUUUUAAUGCUAGAGUCAAAUAAUGAUUUCCAGACUCGCAGAUUGCUAGAAGAUGGUAAAGCAAAAUUACUAUGAAAUAAGGGCAAGCAUGAAAAUUGAUACUCUUCUAACUUGCUUGUAACUAAAAUCAAUUGCAAUGAUAACCUUCAGCUGUCCAAAGAGCUGUUGGAAAAGGGCAAAAAGACCACAUGGAACUAGGAAUAUGCUGGCAAACUGAUUUUAACAGCCUGUGUACAUAUGAAAUUAAAAUGGCUCUUCUGUCCUUUACUGUAUAUAUAUUGUAUGUAUAUAAACAUUUCCAGUCAGUGGACUCUUCAAGGGCAAUAGAGGUAACUUAAUAUUUCUUUAUUUACUAAAAAAAAGGCUUGUGCGUUAGUUUAUAUUAAUAGAUCUUAAAUAAAUGCCUGUGCCCCCCCCCCCCCCCCCCCCGCGGCAAACCCCCCUUCCCAAUUUUUUUUUUUUCACUAAUCAGGGGUUCUUAACCAGGGGUACAAGUACCUCCCGAGCCUUGAGGGGUGGAAAACCAAAAAAUUUUAUUCAGUGGCGUAGCUAGGAGGGGGGGGGGGGUGGACCGCACCGGCCGACACCAUCUCAAGAGGUGACACUUAAUUGAAAGAUAGCUAAUUACAGAGAACACACUGAUCGGUCGAACCGAAAUUCAUAAAAGAAUAACAGAUGACACAUACAUUUUCCACCCAUGUAACCAAUCUAAAUGCGUGUUUCGUUAAUAUUAAAAUUUCAAGGUUGAUGCGUCAGCAAUUAGGUUACCUUAUUAUUAGGUCAGAAACACACCAUUUUGACCAUGUUUCAACGUGGAAUGAGGUGUUCGGUAACUUUUGUAAGUGACGGGAAGCUAUUUUUAGCUAAAUUCUGAGAAAUAAAACUAUCCUUUGAUAACAAUGGGCGAUUCUAAGUACGUUGCAGCUCUUAAAUACAAUUACCCCCUGACCUUCAAUUAAUUUGUUUUUGUUCUUGUAUUUCUUAAACUGUGGACUAAGUUUAACAAGAAGAAAUACAUCGUAAAGGGGGGGUCUGUGUGACACCAACCUUAGCUACGCCACUGAUUCUAUUUGCUGCAAUUGCUAGUUGUUGCUGAUUUUUUAAAAAAAAAAGUUAUGGAUUUUGAUUAGCGUUACUUCAUACCAUGGUGAAUUUCAUUGGCGCAUUGUGUGUAUUGGUAAUUUUUUCCCUGUUUAUGAAAAGUUAAGUAAAGAAAUAAAACUACGAUAAUACGAUAACUAAAUUAUUUAAUUAUUUUAAAUUUUAUUACAAUGUAAUUUAUACGGUUGGGGGAGGGAUGUUUAAAACGGAGUGGGCCUGCAACGCUGCAAAAAAGGUUAAGAAUCCCUGCCCUAGAGCAUUUACUAAGAUACCCCCACCCCGCGGCCAACCUUUUUUUUUUCCGCUCCAUCCCACUUCCCGUGUCCAGAUUUAACCAUAAACUCUCAAGACUGUCAUUGUAACUACAUUCCAAUUCACCUACUACUGGGCGUCCUGUAACUUGAUCAGAGGCCAUUCUUCGGACCCUGCAUAUCUACUGUAUUGAUUCUCUCAGUGAUAGUAGUUUUAAAAUAAAAUAAUUAUAAUAAUCUUUUUGUUUUUUUUAAAUAAUGUUAAACAUUUCUGUAAUUUAGUUUUAUUAAGUGAAAUUCUUUACAACAACAUUCUGCUUUUCAUAUGACGUCACAUGGCUUGAGGCCUCCCCAUCAUCACACAUCAUCACAAAAAUCUCACACACACACGCACCCCCGACGUGUGACAUCAUCUAUGGGUGCCCCCUUAUUUGACAGUCUUGCUUUGUGUUUAAUUUAUCAUGUUGAGUAUUUUAAGUCAUCAAUUAUCAUUAACAUUGAACUUUUCUAAUCAGAGUUUAUCCCCUUUUUCUCCCUUUUUUUGUUGCCAUGUUUGUGUAUAUGCAUGUAACAUUAAUUAUUUUUUUGUGUAACUUAUAGCCUGAGCUGCUCUUUAGUAUAGAACAUUUUAUAAACUAUGUUCUGCUCUUAUUUCUAAUGUCUAAAGAACUGGGUAGAGCAUACUUUUUAUAAUUUAGAGCAUGAUUUGUUGGUUCUUGCUCUUCUUUUUUCAUUAACGCAAAAUGUGCUUUAACCAACUAGCUGUGGAAUAGUAAAUUUGUAUAAAUGAAGGAAUUGUUUUUAAAAUUUUAAAUAACUAGGCCAAAGCAAAAUUUAAUAUAAUUGUGCCAUCCUUACAUUGGAAAUUUAGCCCUUUUUGGGGGAAGGUGGGUGUUUGUUUUUUUAUUUUUCCUUUUUGAAUGUAAAUAUCUCUUGCAACUGUAAAUUCAAUUUAUUAUUACAUUUUCAUACCAUUUUUAUUUUAUAAAUUGGUACCAAGUAUACUCCCAAACAUCUGCAAAAUAUUGCAUUGAUGUUUGCGCCAUUUAAGUGACAUCUUAUAAGUUGAAUUAGAUUCCAGUCAUUACAAUGCAUAUUAUGUGUUGUCUGGAAUUUUAUUUUAAUUAAAACCUUUCAAAUAAAAUAUAUAGAAUUUCUUUGAGCUGUUCAAGCUGCUGAAUUUUUACAAUCACUGAUCUCAGUGAUAAUUCCUUGCUAAAAAUAUCCUGAUAUUUGUUUGAGGUUACCAACUCAUAAAACAUAUGACUGAUUUCACUGAUACAUAUUUGAUGUAGGCAUAGGUGUUCACUGAGUAGGUCCCACUGUGUUCAGAUGCAGAAAUUUUAUUUAUAUUUAUGUGUUAGUGCAGCUGUCAACAACCUGCAGCCCUGGAGCCAUAUGGGGCUCUUUGAAUGAAUAAAUUCAGCUCUAUAAUUUAAAUUUGGACUUUAAAAUCAGUGAAUAAAUAAACAUGCAACCAUGCCAUUGUUAAUGUUACAGCAUGGUCCGUGCUGUAACAUUAAACAUUGUCAAAAGUGGGUGGGAGGAGAUGGGUAUAUUGAAGCACUAACUUAGUUAAUAGGAUCAAGAGAAGAUGCUCUUGGCAUUUAAGUGAUCCACCACUCAUGCCUUUCCCUUACAUUUCUUGUCCAAAAAAAUGUGUAGAAAAAAAUGGAAGUUUUUUUUACAAUUCCUCUAGUUCCUCUAAUCUUAUUUUGUUUUCACCAUUCCGUUUAAUUAAACUUUAAAUUUCUUUAAACUACAAAAUAUGCCUACAGAGAGGUCCAUUAACUUAUAGUAAUUAUACUACUAAUAAUUUUAAACAAGCCCUGCUGUCUGCUCAAUAUGCAUGCACACUGAUAAAAAUAUGACGAUAUUGUGCCUGUAUAUUUUCAGCUGAUAAUAUACUAAAAUGUUUGGUUGAACAUAACACUUGUUGAUAGUGUUUUUUUGUCCAUCGAGUAGCACGUGGUCAUAGAUAUCUUGUAAUUUAUAUGGGAACAUUUACCAAGUUUAAUAUCUCAAUAAUUCAGCAGAGCAUUGGAAAAUGAAAUACUUAAACCUCCAUGGACCUCUCAGUAAAAAGGUUCCAGGGUUUUGUGAGUUGAUUUCCAUUGCAUUAUUUCUAUCAUGAGUUUGAAUACUUCAUUCGCCAAAGUAGUUCCUGUCCAAACGGCAAGAAAUGGAGUCCAUGAAAGAAAGGGUUAAGGACAAACAACAACCACCACCACCACCCCCCCCCCCCCCCAGACAAUAAUAUUCUUUACAAACCAUUGUACUGUUAUUGUAACAAUCUUUUCAUUAGAUAUCACAAUUUUAACAAAAAUAAAAUUACUUAUUAUUAGCCUUUUUAUUUUGCAUUUCUUAAUAUCCAUUAAUUAAUUGAUGUUUUGAAAUGGUUUGCAGUUACCUCUCUUUGAGUUUUGGGGGGAUUAAAAGAAAUUACCAGAAUUAUUUUGUUUCAGUCUGUCUAUUGCUACCUUAAAUUAACAAUAUAGUUACUCAUUUAGAUUGCUUUUUAUUCACAACAUUUGAAAUAAAGUCAUUUUCAUCCCUGACUUUAGAUUAUUCACUGAGUUUAAAAGAAUGUUUCAUGAAGAAAUUCUUUUUAUUUUUCCCAUAAUCUCAUCAACUUUGAAACGCCUAGUGAAAUUUUUCCUGAUUUUGGGGGGUUUGAAGUUUCCGGUUUGAAGAAAUUUCCAGUUUGCAAUCUCAGGUAUGUAGUAACAUUUUUUCAAUAGACAGACUGAAAGACUUUUUUUUCCCUUUCUUUCCUAUUUUUUUUAAUCGCGAAAAGAUUAUUAUAAGUAUGUAUAAGCCAUAGCACUUAUUUAAAAACAUAGUAGGUUAUCUGAUUUCAUGUAGUGUGUAUUUUGAAGCAGAACAGAAGAGAUAUUGAUGUGAAUGUUUAGAUUAGUGUAACUCAAAUCUUUUAUUUUAUAUCUACGCAUAAGUAUAUAUAUUUUAUUUGAAACUUGUGUCAGGGUUUGUUCUUAUUUAUCCUCCAGAGAAUCAGAUGACAAAGACAGUCAAGCAUCUAAUGUGGAUGGUGGUGCAGUGAGUUUGGGGGAGCCACCUUCCAAAAUGAUCAAACUAUCUGAGAUAGGACAUAUAGAUGACAUAAAGAAAGCCCUAGAGGAAGUGUUGAAGAAAAGCCAGGAGCACCUUGACGACAUAUCACAUUUUUCUAAGAUGGUAGAGUCAUCUUUACGAAAGUUAAGACCACAGGUUGUAUCACUUGCAAAGAUCAGGAUUGAACAGGUUUUUUUCGAAUUGGAGAGCGAGGAAUAUGUGCCACUGCAGAGAGCUAGUGAUGUUAACUCAAAACAUAUUCUUUGCAAUAAUCACAACCAAAAUAAAAGUGUCAAGUUACCAUUAGAAAAAAGCAAAAAGACAACAGAAUCAGUUGUUCUGACUCCUCAUGGCAGCGAUAGUCCAUUGCCGGCACAAAACUUAACAUCAGCUGUAAAGAAAAAUUCUGAAAUUGCAUCCAUUUACAGCUCCAGCAAAUUAAAACACUCUCCCUUGGUUAAAGAGGCUGCUGGGGUUUCUAAUAAUAGUUUUAGAGAUAGUAACAGAUUGUCUACAUUUGAAGCUGAUUCUAAGUCUAAAGGAAAUAACACUGAGAGAAUAAUUUUCCGUCCCAACUCAAAACUUGUGAGCUCUGAAGUAAGUAGUAUGAAACUCUCAACAUCGGCCGGUACACUUUCAGUUGCAGUUAAUCCAUCAUCAAAAGGAGAACGGGCCAGUAGCCAGCCAAAGACUCUUUCUGCUGAUUCUGCAGGGAAAAUCAGAGAGAGGAGGUUUUCUGAACAAAAAAAACUCCAAGAUGCCACCCCCCGGUCUCCAGUCUCAUCAAGCAAAAUUGACUCGGGUUCUCCCAGCUCUGUGCAUUCUUGCCCAUCAAGCAGCACUUCAGGCUUUGAAACUUUGGCGGUAAGACGGUGUAUAGUCACUACUUCCACUGUUUCAAGAGACUCCACCUUAUCUCCCACUGACUCCAGACAUGAAAAAUGUACCACUUCACAACCUGAGCCUAAUUUGUUAAAAACUGGCCUUGAAAAACCUGUAGCCUCUAUCUUGGUAGACUCUAUCCACAACAAGCGUAGACCUGAUGCAGAGUCUACUUCUGUCCUUAAGCAGAGCUGGAACAGAAGUCCUGGUUUGAAAGGGGGAAGCAUAGCAGACUGUGAAGAUGACUUGCCUCGGAUUAGCUCUGAAGCUCUUAAAGUUAUGGCUAAAAAUCUCAAAGUAACCGUGAUAAAUAAACGGGCCACGAGGUUGCAGGAUGCUUCCAGUUCUGAAGACUCUAGUUCUGAUGAGGAUGAUGAUGAUGAUGAUGACGGCGAAAGCUCUGAUGAUGAAGAGGAACUUGGUGAUGAAGAAAAGAAGAGUUUAGAUAAAGGAAAUGAGAACAGCAAAUCCAGCCUAUAAAUGUAUUUUUAUUUUGUUUUAAAAAUAUAUCUGUGGUAAGAUUUAUGUUUGCACAGAACUAGAUAUUAAGUUUGUUAAUGCAAAUAUCUUAGUUUUAUUGCAACAAAACAUGUAUGCAAUAUUGUCUUUUGUAUACAAAAAAAUGUACUGUUAUGCUAAUAUAUUAUAUGAUUUCAUGUGCAUGAUCAAAUUCUCAGUUGUUUUUUUGUUCCUCUCUAAACAAAGGCUGUGAAUUAUUCAGUUGUCUUUUAAGUUUAAGUAUAAGUUUUUGGCCUUUUUAAGUUGAAUAAUUUUUCAAAGGCAGCAAGAGCAUCUUGACAACCACAUCUUUUUUAAUUUUUCAGAAAUAAGUGUUUUAUGUAUGUUGUUAGCAUCAACUAUUUAACAUCAGCACACAUAUACAGUGAUUAUUUUCCAUGUGCUGAAAUAAUUGAUUGUUAUAAAUACUUAAUGACUCCAUCUAUGAAAUCUGUCAUAGUCAUUAUUAACCCAUUAACUACCACAGGUGUUAUUUUUAUAAACUUUUCCCAAGGUCACUAGCUGCUCACUUGUAUUGGGCAACUGAUUAGGCAACACAAUUAUAAACUAAUCAUAAUUAUUUAAAUAUUUAAUGAUAAAGUCAUAGGUUUAAUCAUUGUCAAAAUUGUGCUUAUAUUCUGGUUCUCAUCUAAAUCUAUUAACCAUAUUGUUCUUGAGUAAAGACUGCUUCUCAUUAUAAACCUCACCCUUAAAGUUGAGUGAUUUUUUUUUUUAAUUUGCAACCUCCUGUUUGUAGGCAGCAUCCCUAGUGAGAUUGUGGGGGCUGCCAAUAUUUGGAACUAUAAAACUAAUUAUUUUUCAAUGUGUAAUUUUUUCUAAUCAGUAUGUGAGCGUUGAAAUUCUGAGCCAGGUCAAACAGAACCUGAUGCUUUUUCUUUUUUUUUUUAAAGAGUUACCUGCUUAUUUUCUGUAAGUGUAACAUAUUCCAAAUGGAAGAAAUGAAUAGUGCAUGUUUUGAGCCAGUACAUCUUCUUUUACAUAAAUUUGUGUACAUUUUACCUGAAUUAAAUAAAAUAAUAAUCGCAUAAUAAUUAGUGAUUGGUUUGAAGCUAAAUGAAAUGAGAAGAUUUGAAAAUGAUAUGUACUUGCUGCGAAUUUUUUGUAAUUGUCUUAGAAAUAUGCAUAUCUGUGGUUAAGACCAUAUCAGGUUCUAUUUACAAUUAAUAUUCUCAUUUCACAUGCUGACUGGCUGAUGUUACUGGGUAACCAAAGUUUUUAUGUGUGUGGAUCAUUUCUAAGUUUUGUCAUAGAAUUGUAUAAUAGUUAUGUAAUUUAACACUUAUUUAAUAAGUGAAGCUAUUGGCUUAACAGAAUGAAGGCUAGGAGUAAAAUGUGCAAUUUUUAUUUUUCAAAUUUCAAUUUUAAAAUUUAAAUGCAUACAGUGAUCAGACUAGUUUCUUAUUGUUACUACUACAGUCUUGAAUAUGCUAAAGCUACAUAUAAAAAAACAUUCAGUAGAGUGGUUGCCAGCAGCUAAUUGAAUAUAAAUAUUAUAGCAGGUUCUUUUUUCAUUAACAAAAAUUGUUUUUAUGUUGUUGUUUUUUUUUCUUUAAUUUAAAAGUGGCAGCUUCCACCCACAACUAUAAAUGAUGUGAGAAUUUAUGAAUAAUAUUCUAGGGAUUGACUUAAAAGCCCCCAUUAUCAGAACCGUCCACCCUUAUUUCUAAAGAGGUUGAGAACCGCAGAGUUAGGAUUAUAUUAUUAAGCUAUUAGUGUUUUGAAGGCUUCAACUUUGAUACCUUCAUGGGCGCCACGGGUUUUAGCACUUUUAACUUCUCCCCAUUUGGUGAAACACAUAGAAAAUGAAAAGAUAACACUUUUUUUUUGUAACACUCAGACCCCACCAGGUGUUGUCUCAAAAUACCUAGAUGGGUGUAAAAAAAAUCUGCACCUUGCUCAGCCUUAGUUGAUACGUCGUCUGGGAAUAGGAAGUCUACUCUAGUUAGAAAGCUCUCAUACAAGCCCCCACCACUUCAAUGCCAUAUUUGCAUGUCCAAACUUUUUACGUUUGCUUACUGAUACCCACGUAUUCGUCCAUUCCCAACACAUGCAGAUCUUUUAUAUGUGGAACCAAAAUUUUAUAUUGUAUUUUCUGAUCAUUUUUUUGUUACAGUAAGUUAUAGAAGCAAUAUUUUAGAUUUAAUAAUUAUACAAUGUAUAAAUCUAUUGCAAUUAGAUGGCAAUUAAUUCCCAAAUUAUCAGUUGAUAAAAUGUCAAGACUCCUCAAAAUGGAGUCUUGCAAGGUGUCUUUUUUUUUUUAAUUUUAAAAUAUUUCUUCAUAAAAUAACCUGACAACUACAGGGAUGUUUGACUAACUGCUUAAAAUACUUAAGAUAAAAAAAUUUAAAAACUUACUUAAAGUAGAUAUUACUUAGUUCAAUUUCAGUUUAAUUACCUUAUCUUUUCUUCAACAGAUUACAAGUUUACACUUCCCAAAAUUCAUAAUCAUUACCCAAUUUUUAAUUGACUUGAAAAUAACCCUUUUCAAAUCUCUUCUUUAGGGCAUUACUCAUGAAGGCAAUGUCAGAUGCUGAGAAAUCCAUUGCCGUUAAACGAAAGAUUGCUGUGACUCGACCAAUAAGUCGGGGUGAUUCACCUGCUGAAGUUUAUUCCCCUAAAAGGAAGAAAUCUGAUCCAACACGUGAUGAGGAGAGUCCACCCCCAUACUUUCCAUCUAGGAAAGAAGCUUCAAGUCGUCGGAGCAGUGGCCAGCAUUUAGAGCAACGUACACUGUCCCGCAAUGAUGCAAGACAUACUUUAAGUCGGGACGACAGGCGAGAGCUGAUAUCUCGUUCUCGGCGCGAAGAACUGUUACGGACAAUAGGUAUUGACCGUAGUAAAUCUCACAAAUCUGAUGCAUCCAAGUCACCUGAGAAAAAUAGGGAGCACAGUGACAAGAAUGCCCAGUAUGAAAGAAGAGUGAGGAGUGAUAGAAAUGUUGGUGAAGUAAAAAACUUCCAUAUCACCACACGAGUUGUUUCACCACAAUCCAAAAAAACUGUCGUAGUCAAUCAGAGCUCAAAUCCUGCUGUUGAACAGAGAUGUUCUGUUACAUCUCGACUAGGUAAGGUUGUGGUUGAAAGGAAAACUACCCCAGAACCGGGAGAUGACAGAGAGGAUAGAAAGCCUAAAGAUGCUCAAUCAUCAAAAAUAAGAACUGAUCACCGAGACGCAAGGCAUGACAUUAAGUCAAGAGCAGCCCAUUUGAAAUCGGAACACAUAGCACCGAAAAAAAGUAGUGCUAGGGUUAUAUCCAGAUUAGGCAAGGAAGCUGUCCAGAAACAAUGUGAGGCAGCAGUUAUGUCAGUGAACUCUUCCAGGGUUGUUGAUAAAGCUAAGAGCAAUGCGAGCCCAGACAGUCGAGUUGUAUGUUGUGAUGAAUCUGGCAGUGGGGACGAAGAGGAAGACCUCAUCAAAGAUAGAAAUAUAACAAUCGCACAUGAAUCAACUGACAGUAGACGCCAUAAGGUGGAGGAUGAUGACCCAGAAGAUCUGGCAGAAAUGAUAGCUGAUGACCUUGAACCUGAGCUACUAGAUUCCAGGGAAGAGUUUACACUAGAUUUAGAAGAUGAAGAUGACAUAACUAAUGUUGUGGGUGAUCUGGAUGCUGAGGAAAUGGAAGAAGAGUCUGUUGCCCCUGAGAAAGCCGAUGAAGGCAAACCAGGCACUAGGUUUAUUGUUACGUUAGAUGGUGUCGAUGAAAGACAGUUUGAUCCCGCCGAUGCCGUCCUAUAUGACAAACUUGGACAGCCCCUUUCCGAGCUGGCAUCGGGCAGUCUGCCAUUACAAAACCUUGAGCAAAAUGAGAAACUUUAUUUGGACCUUCUGGCUCAAACCAGGCCUUUGCCACAAUCACCACUACAGCAAACCAUUCACCCACUGACACGGGGCAACAAACUUCAGCCUCCUAAAAUUCAAACAUUUUCCAUCAACCUUAAGGAUUCUGACGAUGAGCAUGAAGAUAAAGAAAUGAAGCCCUUCACAGUUAAGGACACAUCUUAUGACCAACCCAUGGCAAC